UGGCUGGGCUUUGCUCCUUACGCGUCCGUCCUGCUUUCUACGGCUCUUCCUUCACUUUCGAGAAACCCGUUUCCGCUUCUGGCCAGAGAGCCCUCGGAGCCAAGGAGAUCAAGGUGCCCGGACGGCUGGGACCGGCCGCUGCCUGCGUGGGCCUCCCCUCUCCCGCGCCUUCUCCCCGGACGACUUUUCCCUCUUCCCCGCUCUCCGCCGACAAGUCUGUUCUCCCCCCUUCGGCCCGGGAGAGGCUCCGCUGCCGGGAGAUGCUCUAAGAGGCGGCGCCGCGAGAGCCCAGAGGCCGAGACGGGGACGCCGGCCGGAGCAGGGCGCUGCGGGACGAUGGGGUCCCAUGGAUUGGGACUCGCGCUGGCGUGCUGCUUGCUGCUGGCCUUCGCCUGGAGUCUCGUGCUGGGCCGUGUGCCGCCUGGCCAGCAGGAACAGCAGGAGCAGGAGGGGACAGAGGAGCCACUCCUGGACCAUGCAGAGAGGGCUGAAGGGGAGCAUGACAAAUACAGUCCCCGGCAGGGUGAGGAGCCCCCAGCGUCCCGGUGCUAUCGCUGCUGUGACCAUAGUGCCCCCGUGUACCCCGCUGUCCCGGUGCCACAGAUCAAUAUCACCAUCCUGAAAGGGGAGAAGGGUGACCGGGGAUAUCGGGGCCUGCAAGGGAAAUUCGGCAAAACCGGGGCGGCAGGUGCCCGGGGCCACAUGGGUCCCAAAGGGCAGAAAGGCUCCAUGGGGGCCCCGGGAGACCGUUGCAAGAACCACUACGCGGCCUUCUCCGUGGGCCGCAAGAAGCCGCUGCACAGCAACGACUACUACCAGACGGUGAUCUUCGACACGGAGUUCGUGAACCUGUACGGCCACUUCAACAUGUUCACCGGCAAGUUCUACUGCUACGUGCCCGGCAUCUACUUCUUCAGCCUCAACGUGCACACCUGGAACCAGAAGGAGACGUACCUGCACGUGAUGAGGAACGCGGAGGAGGUGGUGAUCCUGUACGCCCAGGUCAGCGACCGCAGCAUCAUGCAGAGCCAGAGCCUCAUGCUCGAGCUGCGGGACCAGGACGAGGUGUGGGUGCGUCUCUUCAAGGGCGAGCGUGAGAACGCCAUCUUCAGCGACGAGUUCGACACCUACAUCACCUUCAGCGGCUACCUGGUCAAGCACGCGGCCGAGCCCUAGCCGCCUGGCCUCCUGCCGCUCCGCCAGGCUGACUCCCCCGCUCGCGCUCGCCUGGACCCCACGGUCCAGCACCAGGUCCAGCACCAGGCCGACACCGUCAGCUCUCCCCUCGCUCUGGGUUACCCAGUCCCCACGCCCCCAGCUUUGGCAUUCGACAUGAGGCCCCUCGCAAGAAUGGGAGGGAAAACAGCCGUGUGGUCCCAGGCCUUGCUGCCUCCAGAGAUGAAAUCACGGCGCAGAUGCCUGAGAGUGGCCGGGACCUCCAGCUCCCCUCUGUGGACAUAUCCUUAAGUGACCUCCGCGCGGUCCCCUGCCACGUGGCACGGUGUCGGUGUCCCAGAGUAAGUCAUCUUUUCUCUGUUGCUCAAAGUAAUUAUGCAAAUUUUGAAAGCUGAGCCGAGCGCAGGAACCUCCGGGAGAGGAAGCCACUGCCUUCCCACAGCCGCCCUGGACCCCGGGGGAGGCCUGUUUCUCUCAAGGUUGCAGGAGAUUCCUUUUAACAGGAGAUUGAUAGUGGACCACAUCUGGCUCAAUUCCUUCAGGCCACAUACGAACCUUCUUGUGGACAGCCGAACUGAUGUCACAUCCUGUGGACAUCUCUGUGGCCUUGUCUGAGGGUUCAGGGGUCUUUCUGAGCCACAAUAGUGAGGGGGUUUGGGUUGGGGAAGCAAAUGUCAGCUUCCAAAAGGACAGCCAAGCCCUGGGUCUUGGUCUCAUGCUGGGAAAAGCAGCUCGCUCACUGUCACCCGCAGGCCCCUGGCAGCAGCUAGGGACUCUGGGCCCAGGACCUCCAGAUGUUUCUGUGAGGAGCAAAGCUCAGGAUCACCAGGGCAGAGCCGCACACCUCGUAUGGCUCUGCUCCACUCCUCCCCCUCCCUCGAGCCCUGGGCAGGGCCUCUGUGCCCACCAUCCUGGCAUCACCUCUGCUCCUCCUCUCAGACACGUCACCCACGGGAGGCAGCAGGCCUUUGGUUCGGUAGCAGCCAUCACGGUUAGACAUUUCCUAUAAACCCCAUGGCACGCCGUCUCAGAUUCGUGUUUCCAGAGGGUUCAGCAUUCAGCCCCGGAGCCCUCCCCGAGGCCUCCAACCAGCAGCUGAACACUGCGUGGGAGCGAGAGGGAGCUGGGAGGGGCUGGAGGUCCCCCUCGGCCCAUCUUGGGACUCGGUCCCUGGUGCCAGGAGAAAGGCUUGUCCCAACCAUGCGGUCAGACCCCCUCUCUGAGGUGGGUGUGGGAUGCCUGGGGUGGGCUGCUGCCGGGAUUGGUGCUUUGGCCUGCAGCCUACAUUGGCCCUGCAGCCCUUCCUGCUUCUGAUUAAUGCCCAGGGCCAGGGUCACUCUCCUACCUGCGUGGGCCCUUAAGUUCCUCCAGAAGGCUUCCCUCCCACCACCUGGGGACCCUUGGUCUUGACCAACGCCUCUGCCCUGGGCCUGGCCACAGGGUCCGGGUCCACACAUCCGCCCUCUGAAGGAGUUCUGCUGGUCAGACGUUCAGCCUGGGCUCCCACGGGUAUGCCACCCAGUAGGGUGCCCGCCGCCGCUUCCUGCCAUCCUGACGCUCUUUCAGAAAACAUUAAACUCAAAAUCCUGCGUUUCAGCAUCGUGGCUCCUGAGUCUGAUCUUUGAACCUUCCUAUCGUCACCUCCGAACCCUACCCACUGCCUGUGGGAAGCCUGAGGACCCUCAAAUGGGUACCUGGGGACAUUGGAACCCAGUGAGCACUGGCUGGGCCCUGACCCGCCUCUUUCCUUGGGGGAAAUGUUUCCCAGGCUCCGCUGGACACGGCCAGGGGACGCCCUGUGGUUGGAGGUGCCUUCGAGUGGCC